AUGGUGCUUGGGGCCAAACCCAGGCCAAGCAAGAAAACUCGUCUGGACAAAGCGGUAGAAGAAAAUAUCGCUCCUGAACCGGACAAAAUACCAGAUCCUGAAGAAACCAUCCGUUAUGAUGUGCUGAACGACCCACCACCGCAAGACCAUGACUUUGUUGCUGAAGAGGCACAUGUUGAUUCCACAAGCCCUAUUGAUCAGCCCACAAGCCCUGUCCGGAUUGACAAAACAAUGAGUCCAUCGAAGCAUGCUGACAAACCGGCGACCCCAGUACGAACCGGCGAAGCAAAAGAUGAUGAUGAUGUUAUUACUGGCAUUGGUCGUACGAAGCCAAGCAAUCCUGUCGCCUUAUCCAAGCAUACUGCCAAAGAUGAAUUUGCUGCAAUUGGUAAAGGCAAAUGGAAUGCCGAUUUGGCAACCUAUGCUGCUCUGAACGCCCAAGAUCUCCAUUCUGGCUAUCUGAACCGGCUAUACACCAGCCGUGAUUAUGAAGCCGGUCUGGUUAAUAUGAUGAAGGACAAAUAUGAGGUUGAGCUGAGCAAAAGAGAAAGUCAAAUCGUCGAUCUGCAAGAAAACCUGAAGUCCCAACAAGCCGAAACCUCGAAGGCAAAAGAGGAAUUAACUAGCGCUUUAAGCGUCAUGGAGAAGCUUAAGGAGGGCUACAACAAAGAGCUGGCGGAUUGGGCCACCGAGAAAGCCGCUUUAACUCAAUGAGUGGAGAAUGCCGAAGCUGCACUCAAACCGGUGGUGGAUGAAUUAACCAGUGUAAAACGACAAGUUCAUGCCAUGACCGCUGCUGUCUUUGGAACACGCAUUGGUCACUUGGGAUCAGAUGUGCGGAAGAAGUUGAAAGCCGCCUAUACAUUGAUAGAACAACUAUAUACUGGUGCGUAACGGAUCAUCUUCACUGCUUCCCACGACAACCCGCCGCCCACCUUGAUCUAGGACACUAUUAAAAGGUUGUCUAUGCUUCCUGCCCGGGUUGAAGAGCUAAAGAAAUCUGCUGCUAGAACCGGCGCUAUAAACGCCUUAAUCCGGGCAAAAGCGUGGGUGCCGGAUUUUGAUCCCGUUGAAGCGGCCCAAGGCUACCCCAGCUUGAAGGAAGACGGGACAGAGUUCAGUGAAGAGGAUCACCGAGUGAUAAACCGGGAAGUGCGCCCUCUAGCUUGUCAAUUGGUUGAAGAGGCGGAUUUGUCCCACUAUCAAGCCCAAUAUGAUGAUCAAAACAAACGAGUGGCUGCGUCAAUUCCUGAAGUGGAGAACCUUAUACCUCCAAUCCAUAAGCAUACUUACGCCCCCUGACAUUGAACCGUUGUUGCUGAUCAAUGAUGAAGCUGUUUUUCAAGCGUUAAUUGGAAUCGACUGGGCAACUGUUGAUUUCCAGCUAAUGGGUAGGGAGGAAGAGGCUGAACCGGCGCGAGAUGAACCGCAACCAUCAGGUCAAGCUGGUGACCAAGCAUGAACCGGAAGCCGUUUUAAAUCACUGCACAUUGUGUUAUGCAGAAAACAAUGAUCUUAUUUGGGCACCGUGUUGCCUUGUAAUAGGCUAGCUGAUACACUUGGUCUUGAUAUGCCUUCGUGCAUAUU